AUGAACUUGGUUGAAAAGCCAUUUGGAGUGGUCCUAUUGAUUGGUGGCGGUGGCUUCAUCGCCCACCACAUCAUUAACGACAUCGUCUCAAAGUGCGGCGUGGCGCGGGCCGAAGACGUGCACAUUUACGAUCUCAAUAUCAGCCCGGAGAGAACACACCACAACAAUCUCAUCCCACUGGAGAACCACCAUCAGGGAGACAUCUGCGACUCGGACCGACUGGGCCAGGUCCUACACGAUGUGCGACCCUCGGUGAUAUUCGACCUCGUCUCGCCAGCUAUGUUCCUGCACGAUCUCGCAUUCUACAUGCGCAUCAACGUCGAGGCACGACGCGUGCUACUAGAUCUCGCGAGAGAAACAUGCACGGUCAAGGCAUUCGUGUUCAACUCCUCCGCGGGCGUCAUCCACGACUCGUACAGCGACCUGCCCAACGCCGAUGAGUCACGUCCCGUGCUCUUCAUCCCGCAGCAGCGCGAGCCGUAUUCGCACAGCAAGGCCGUUGCGGAGACGAUGGUGCUGGCCGCGAACGGCUACGACGCCAACAAUACCGGAGCGAACGACACCGCCCAGGGGAAGUGGAAAAUGCUCACUGUCGCCAUCCGCCAAUGCACCCCUUUCGGCGCCAACCACGCCGAGACUACCGUGGGACUGGUCGAAAACGCACGCAAGGGGAAAUACCGCUUCCAGAUCGGCGACAACACCAACCUGGUGGACUGGACGUAUAUCGAGAACAGCGCACGGGCAUUCUCCCUCGCGGCACAGGCGCUGCUCAUGGCCCAUGAAUCGCCCGAUAAUGGGCCGGUCCAAGACGAAACAGCCCGCGUCGCAGGCGAAGCAUUCCUCGUCUCCAACGACCAGCCCAUUGCAUUCUGGACGUUUGUUCGCAUGGUCGGCGAGGCGGCCGGGCACGGCAUCGACAUCAAGGAGGUCAAGGUCAUUCCGCGCUGGGCCGGCAUGACCAUGGCAUUUGUCGCCGAGUGGUCGACGUGGUUGCUCUCGUGGGGCCGACGUAAAUCGGCUUUCACCCGCUUUGGCGUUCGCUACAGCACGAUCAACAAGUACUGCUGUAUUGAUAAAGCUAAGACCCGCUUGAAAUAUCAGCCAUGGAUUAGCGUUGAGGAGGGGGUCAGGAGGUCGGUUUUGCCAUACCUCACGCCAGGCGAUACACGGGAGCAUGGUGAUUGA